UAAACAUAGAUAAAACUCAAAAUAAAUAAAAACAAAAGUAAAGAAAAAGAUAAGUGGAAACGGGCGUGAGAGAGGUGUACUAUUACUACUAUUCGUGCGUGAACGUUUAACAGACCCAGUUCCUCCCUUGCCCCGUCACGCCCUGCCGUCGCCGUUCUUCCCAUCUGUGAUACCAAAUGGCCAACAGAGUUCAAAUUCCUUCCAACAAUUCAUCACUUAUUGCCAUGAUUGCAGACGAGGAUACCAUAGUUGGGUUUCUUUUGGCUGGAGUGGGAAAUGUUGACAUACGUAGGAAGACAAAUUACCUUAUUGUGGAUUCAAAGACAACUGUCAAACAAAUUGAGGACGCAUUCAAAGAAUUCACUUCACGGGAGGAUAUUGCUAUUGUGCUGAUUAGCCAAUUUGUUGCAAAUAUGAUAAGGUUUUUGGUUGAUAGUUAUAACAAGCCUGUUCCUGCAAUACUUGAAAUCCCUUCAAAAGACCAUCCUUAUGAUCCCACCCAUGAUUCAGUUCUUUCACGAGUGAAGUAUCUCUUCUCUAAUGAAUCAGUGGCAUCUGAUAGACGCUGAAUCAUCCUUUGGUUGGAGCUUUUUGGGCGUUUGUUGCUUUUCUUUGUACAUUAUGGUCAAUAAUCUUCUCUUGAAAUUCAUGAGUUCUAAGUAGAUUGAAUAAUUCCUACUGUUUGGUUAUAAUUUAAAAUCCUGUUAUAGAUCUUCAAAGACGGGCUAUUUAUUGUUGCUUCUGAUGACAUAUUAGCAAGCAAAUAUGCACUUAUCAUUGCUACUUAA